CAAUAUCAACCGUUCGAUCAUUACUUAGAUUCACAUUUUUCAGAAUCAAACGCACAGAAUCCACGUAGAAGAAAAAGAUCCAAAGUGAAACAUCAAGUCUAUCUCGAGUCUCCAAAGUCUUUCUUAUUUUCAAAUGAAAUCUCUCCUCGGUUUCUCUGUAUCCACUGCUCGUUUUCUGUUCUUCUUCUUCGCAGUGCCAGGGGGGGUCCUCAGUCAAAAGUUUCUUAGCAAAAGCUUCAGUCUUUGUCUCAUAAACAGCCUUUCUCCAUUUUAUUUAACACUUUAUUCUCUUACGCAUUCUUCAUAAAACUUCAAAGCUUCAGAAACAUUUUAUGGAGUUGCAAGAUCACCGACUCCAAUACCCAGUUCUUUAAAUUUUCCGUUUUAGUUAACAUUUUCCGAAAGUUUUGAGCUUUAAGCUGCUUCUGCGUCUUUGAAACAAUAUAAUGUCAGUUCAAGAAAUGUCCCAUACUGAUAUAGAACAAGGCCGCACUGAAACAUAUGACCACCGCCGCCGCUCAAUCGCCGGAAGUGACAUCAGCGUGUGCUUCUCAGACGCGGAGGAGGGUGGCUCAUGCUACUCUCAGUUCUUUUCAACGACAGGUGGGUCCUACGAUGAGAACAGUUUUGCCUGCGUUUCCGAUGCCGCCCUUUCCAGGAGGGUAUCUUCUGUUUCUUCAGCAUCCGAUUGUUCAAUAGAGAUCGAAAGUGAAGUGGGAGAAAUUGAAAUAAAAGUUCACUUGGAUAUUAAUAAAGUGGAGGGAGAGAAAGAUUGUCGAAUUUGCCAUCUGGGUCUUGAGAGUAAUAGCCAUGAAUCUGGGAUUGCCAUUCAAUUGGGUUGUUCUUGCAAAGAUGAUUUGGCUGUUGCUCAUAAACAGUGUGCUGAGGCCUGGUUCAAGAUCAAAGGAAACAAGACCUGUGAAAUUUGUAAUUCGAUUGCGCACAAUGUUGCUGGAGCAACUGAGAUGGAAUCUAUAGAGCAGUCAAAUGAGACCAACAACGCCACUGCGAUCUCUUCAGUCUCAGCAUCAGCAUCAGCACACCAUGGCGAGACUCGAAACUUCUGGCAUGGCCACCGCUUUCUGAAUUUCCUGCUUGCUUGCAUGGUAUUUGCAUUUGUCAUAUCUUGGCUUUUUCACUUUAAUGUGCCAUCAUCAUAGGAUUCAAUAAAAGAAUUUAUCGAAACGAAAAGGAAAAAAGGAGAUAGAGAGAUUGAAAUAUAAAGAAAGAGAAAAAAAAAAUUCCCAGAACUGAGCCUGCAGAAGUUGUUCUAAUGGCAAUGAGUAAUGGGAUGUUUUAGAGCCUUGCAGCAUUUAAUAGAUAUCUAUACUUGUUUUAUCUUCAUCUUCUGCUUCAUACAUGAUGUAGGGGCUUGUUAUAUCUAUGAAUGAACAUUCUUGUUGAGCUUUAUUAUUGGAAGAUAAAAGGUCUGCAUAUUUUAUAUUUCUAAGUUCUGCUUUGUACUUGAAAAGUUAAUUUUUGUGUAAUUCUUGUUGCCCUAUUGAUUGAAUAUUAUGGUUUCUCCCUCCUUUUAUAGACGAAUAAAAUUAUGUAUACCAUGGUAGCCAAAUAGGGUAUUGAAAACUUAA